AUGCGAAAUACCUUUGUCUGGUACAAACCCAUGAAGGCUUAUCGAAGCGGCGGUCACAAUGGUGAAGAGAUGCAGAAAAUUGGCCAGGUAGUUCAAGCGGAGAUGCGGCGGCUUGAAGACGACAAUGCCGCCGCCAUCCCCACAGACCACUUUCUUAGCCCAGCAGAAUGGAGACUCCAUUUCAGGUGGCCGAACGAGUGGACUACUAAUCAGUGUACCUCGUUGAUGCGCUACUUCAUCGAGGAGCUGGGACCUUGGUUCGAUGCUGGGGACCCCAAUAAGAGAUUCACCACCGUCGUACCCAGAAAUGCCUGCUACCACCCUCCUUUGUUGAAUGCAAUAUUCACCGCGGCGGCGAUCCACCUUGUGGCAUCCAAGCAACACAGAGCAUCGGAUGGUAGCGUCAGGUACAAAGGCGUCUCGUUGCCCAGAUUGACAGAGGAGACACCUUGGAGGUAUUUCCAGGCCGUAAUAGCUUACCUGCAAAAGGCGACAGAUCCGCAGAGCGUGCGAGAUGACGAUUUCCUUGCCGCGGCCGUUAUAUUACGAUUCGCCGAAGAAUUUCAGCAAUCCAUCACAGGCGAAAGGAACAUGGCCUUUACGCCCACAUUUGAUCAAUUUAUGCGAGCUCGAGCUGAGGCUGAGGAGGUUCCAGAGACGCCCUCUUAUACCCCUUCCUCCCACCGACACACGCUGCCGCCAAUCCGAUCACCUCCGGGCCCCCAGCAACCAUAUACGCUACACGAGAGGCAGCUACAAGAUCAGGCAUAUAAGCAGCUCAAAUCCUUCGAGCACGCUUGCUACCGUGUUGCGCUUCGACAAGAGGUAUAUGCGGCAUUUCUCACUCAGACGGUCCAUGAGCUCUACCUACCCAAGACUUGGACCGCUCUAGACGCGUUUCCUGAGCCAGAAGACGAAGAUUUCAUCUGGACCGAUCAUCACCUUCGCCACCUUGCCAAUGUGCUACGUUUCUGCCUUGGAAGCGAGCAACAUCUGGGCCAUGAGCGGUACAACGCUCUCAAAGACUAUGAGAUCAGGUGGGAAAAGAACAAACCAUACACUUUCGCUCCCUACCACAACCCUCUGGAGCUUCACAACGGCUCCGAAGCUCGACGUGCCAGUGGACAGACAGCCUUCGUUCUGCCACAAUGUUGGUUCAUGGAUGAAGUAAAUGUCCUUGGCAGUCAAUACAUCGAACUCUCGCGAAUAUUGCUAGCUGUCUAUGAUCCGUCACGUCCAAAAUUAGGCCGUCCCCGUAACAAGAUGGAUAAUGAUGUACGAGAGUCUGUCACGAAAAUAUGUGGAAUGGCCAUCAAUACAUCGACCAGCGUGUUCGCCAAGGAGUUGGCAUUUGUGGCCAUCUACAACACGACGGCGAAUUUCAGGAACAGAGAAGAGCUUAACGUGUUAUUGAAGGUGCUGGAUAGCUUGGAAGAUGAUUUCGGCUGGCCUACGGGACACAAGAGGCGGGAAGUGCUCAAAAACUGGGAAAUGGGUUAA